AUUAAAGUGCACGCCCACCGUAGUACACGAAGCACCCGAUCCACGCUCUCUAUCCUUCCCUUCACCCUCUUGCGAUCAAAAAAUUCGAAACCAUAAACCUUUUUCACAGGUCACAAUCUCCGUUUCACCAAUUUUUUUUUUUUUUCAUUUUUGAAAAAUAGAAAAUGGCAUGGCUGGCUCGCUCCUUCGGAAAUUCUCUCCGACUCGAUGGCGACGGAGAUCACGAAAACGACACCGUACUCGAUCCACCUACCACGUCAUUGAGAGACCCCCUGCAGCCGCAAGCACGAGAAAAUGAAUUCGGAUCAGAAUCAGAAGAAGAAGAAGACGAAGAAACGGAAGGGCGUGGAGUCAAAGAAGACCUCGACGAAAUCAAGCAAACCCUGACUCGCCAAUUUUGGGGAAUGGCAUCCUUCCUCACUCCGCCGUCAACGGAUUCUCAUUCUCAUUCUCUUUCUCUUGCUCAUACUCAAUCCGAUCCCUCUUCGUGUAUCUCCAAUCAAUUCAAACAUCGCUCUUUUUCUCCGAACGAAGAACCGCAAUUGGACGAGGCUGCCGUUUCCAAUCGCUCUAAUUCGGUUUCGUUGGGAUCCGAUUCGGAAGGGGAUUGCGGUCCAGAACAAGGCGCUGUUGGAAUCACGGAGGAGGUCUUGGCCUUCGCGAUGAACAUCGCUAUGCAUCCCGAGACGUGGUUGGAUUUUCCUAUUGAUGAAGAAGACGACACCGACGAUUUUGAUAUGUCUGAUGCACAAAAAGAGCAUGCAGCGGUUGUUGAAAGAUUAACUCCUAGAUUAGCUGCGCUCAGAAUUGAACUAUGCCCUUGCCAUAUGAGUGAAAGCUAUUUCUGGAAAGUGUAUUUUGUACUAUUGCAUUCAAGGCUUAACAAAGAAGAUGCAGGGGUUUUGUCUACAACCCAGAUCACGGCAGCCAGAGCAUUGUGGAUGCAGGAAUUGCAUAAACAAACAAAGCCUGACUUUGAAAUUUUUGGAAGAAGUGCUUCCUACCCAAAAGACAACGCACGGUACAAUGAAUUAACUCCCAGCCUAUUAGAUGAUGCUUAUUCUGAUGACAUGCCUAAUCAGACAUAUGGAUAUAGAACAACCUCUUUUUCCGCGAGGACAGAUUAUGAGACUGAUAAAUACAUGGUUGAAACAUCUGGAACGCAUCUCACUGAUAAGUCUGUUAUUGAGGAAAAGUCAAUUAUUAAAACUGAUAACAAGGAUCCGAAAUGUGGUCGACCCUCUCAAAUUAUUAUUAAGGAUUAUGAUGAAGAUGACGAUGAGUGGCCAGAGGAAGAUUCUGAUUUAGGUGAAUAUGGUGGAACAACUCUCCCCAUAGUAAAUGAAGAAGACAUAUCCUUCAGCGAUCUCGAAGAUGAUGAUUAUGGCAUUAAACCUGUUACUUUAAGUACAGGUGGUUUGAAAUUGGUUUGAAACUUCAGUUCAGACACGACCGUGGUCAUUUUAGGUUCUGUAGAUCCUCACUCAGCACUAAGAACAGUUUAGAAAGUUGUCUAAUGUUUGGAAGCAAGAGUGCUGGUGUCUGGAACAUUCUUUUUUAUAUAAAGAAUGGUGAACGAAGUUGAUAAAAUGCCGUGAUGCUAUGUGAAGCCGUAAAAA